CAUCCCUCACUGCCACGGCGUGGCGCUUCUCCGCCAGGGAGGGACCCGGCGAGGUGAGGCCCGGUUCGGAACUCUGUAGACCUCUGUGCGGACGCCCUGGUCCCAGAACCCCAGACCCCAAAUUGCAGAGCAGCAAGUGCAAAGAGUGGAGGGCGGCCCGUCCUCCCGGAAUGUGGGCAGUGUCUUUGGACGCGGGGCCCAGAGUGAGUCCGUGGGGCAGUGACUGCCCUCUGGUGGUGAGCCAGAAUUGUCACUUUGAGUUGCCCACCUGGCUAACACAGUACAAUGGGCAGCAGGGACCAGCUGAAGAAUGUCUGAUGUUGGAGUAUGUCUGAUGAAGAAGCCUACUGAAAUAACCCUUCGCUUCUCCCUGAAUUGGUUGUUUAUCCUGGAUUCUGCACCCAGAGCCAACUCCAAAAUGGGAUGCCUGAAAGAAAGAUCCAGGUUGCUCUUGUGUUUUAGUCGAAGGUCCACAUCUCAGCCAGUGGGUAACCAAGACUGUGAAUAAGUGCCCACCAAGAAAACAUGUGGUGACAUGGAGCCUGAAAUAAACUGCUCCAAGUUCUGUGACAGUUUUCCAGGCCAGGAGCUGGAUCGAAGACCCCUUCAUGAUCUCUGCAGGACAAGAAUUGCCACUUUCCAGGACAGCAGCAGUACCAUCUCUUCAUUAUCUCCUGCCCUCUUGGGUAUUGUCUGGACUUUUCUCAGCUGUGGAUUACUUUUGAUGCUCUUCUUUCUUGCCUUCACAAUUCGCUGCAGGAAGAACAGGAUUGUGAAGAUGUCCAGUCCCAAUCUGAACAUCGUGACCUUGUUGGGAAGUUGUCUGACUUACAGUAGCGCUUACCUCUUUGGAAUUCAAGAUGAUCUAGUGGGGAGCUCAAUGGAAACUCUCAUCCAGAUAAGACUGUCCAUGCUGUGCAUUGGGACCUCCCUUGUGUUUGGUCCCAUUCUGGGGAAGAGUUGGCGACUCUACAAGGUGUUUACCCAGAGAGUCCCGAACAAGAGAGUGAUUAUCAAAGACCUACAGUUACUGGGGUUGGUAGCAGCCCUGGUGAUGGCUGAUGUGGUCCUGCUCAUGACAUGGGUACUGAUCGAUCCCAUCCAGUGCCUCCAGAUCCUUGGUGUCAGCAUGACGGUGACCGGGAGAGAUGUGUCCUGCUCUUUGACCAACACAAACUUCUGUGCUUCACGCUACUCCGAUAUCUGGAUUGCUCUCGUUUUGGGGUGUAAGGGGCUGCUCCUGCUGUGUGGCGCCUACCUGGCUGGCCUGACAGACCAUGUCAGUGCUCCUCCUGUGAACCAGUCCUUCACCAUCAUGGUUGGGGUCAACCUGCUGGUCCUGGCUGCUGGGCUGCUUUUUGUGGUCACCAGAUACUUGCACUCCUGGCCCAACCUGGUCUUUGGACUCACAACUGGAGGCAUCUUUGUUUGCACAACCACAGUCAACUGCUCCAUCUUCAUUCCCCAGUGGACAGUGAACAGGAAGAAAGGAUCCCCUGUUCUUCCUCUCUUCCAGCUGAAGCAAUGGAAGGCAUUUGAAGGGGAAAACCAAACAAUCCGACGCAUGGCCAGAUAUUUCAGCACUCCCAGCAAGAGCUUCUGUCCGCAGUUUGGGGAGGAGCAGAACUGCCAUGCACGUGGCGAGAAGAGCUCCUUGGAGAGGCUGCUCACAGAGAAAAUUGCUGUGAUUGAAAGCCUGCAGGAGCAGGUAAACAAUGCCAAAGAAAAGCUUGUGAGGCUGAUGUCUGCUGAGUGUGCCUGUGAUUCCCUGGAAUGGGCUGUCCCACCUACUUCCUACCAGGGCGAGGAUGUCCCAGCUGUAGCCUCCGCCCAUGGCCUGGUGCCGGGACCCUCAGAGUGCCCCUCUGCUCCACAGAAAGACCCUGAUACAGCUGCCCAGGACUCCCGUUGCACCUCUGGGCCCUCUGCAUGCAUGCAAAGCCCCCAGGCCCCUGGAAGGAACACCAGCCCCUCCCCAGGCCUGAAGAAGACACCUGACUUGAGAGACUUCUCUGAUCACCUAGACCUGACUAAUAGCCAGAAGCCACAGGCUGAGCAGAGUUCACAAAGAGGAGACCAGGGACCCAUGGCCCCCAGCAAGAGUCUUGUCCCAGGCAGAGGGGCCUCAGAUCCACAGAGACAGAGGCAGAGCUCAGAAGAGCCCCCAGAGAGGCUCCCUAGGGUCAGUUCCGUGGUCAGGGAAAAACUUCAGGAAGUCAUACAAGAGCUGGGCCUGGGCCCUGGGGCUCCACUUCCCAAUUUUCUGUCUUGUCCCCAGCAGCCCUGGAAGGGCAGUGCUGCCCACAGCCCACAGAAGAUGCCAGUCUCCAAGGAGCUGGGCUCCAGCCCAUACAUGGUGAGGAGGAGGCGGGCGACUCAGCGGGCUCGCUCACACUUUCCUGGCUCUGUGCCCUUCUACGUGGGGCAUCGGGCAGAUCAGACUCUUUCUGGAACACACAGUGGGCUGAAUGCACAGAGUGGGGACAGCCCAGGGCUGGGUCACCAAACCGCUGAUUGUAAGGCACAAAGGCCCUCUCCCAGGAAGCCUUUGCUUCUCCCAGAACCUCAAGAGAAGUUGGGCUCCUCAGUGGGCAGCAAGCAAGACCAGGCUGAGCCCCAGGGGGCCAGGGCUGGUAGUGCAGCCUUUCUUCGCCAGCCUUCAGCUGCUCCCUGGGCACAGAGUCCCACUGCCCCAUGCCCAGCCACCUCGCCAGACCUGCCUGAGCAGCAGCAGCAGCUUCAGCCCCCAGGGCCCCCUGGCCACCCCUCCCUGUCUUCUCAGUGUAACUACCUCGACACUGAGUCCAGCAGCUCAGAUGAGCCCUUCUGCCGCUGCCACAGGCCCUACUGUGAAUUCUGCUUCCAGAGCUCCUCGGACUCCCACGACAGUAGCACAUCAGACACUGACCCUGAACCUGCUAUGCGACCCACCUCCUGGGACAAGCUGUGUGCUGGCUCCAAGCCCAUUGUGAACUUCAAAGAUGACUUGAAACCCACCCUGGUGUGAAAAGCAGCAGGCUCGAUCUGGCUGAGGACGUCAGUCCAGGCUGAGCUGAAGCAAGGCCUUUGGGAGGACGGCAAAGGUCUGGUCGCUGGGGAACCCACAGGGCCCUGCACUUGACCAGCUCUGACCACGUUCCAGCUGUGCUCACUGUGUAACUCUGAGCACUUCCCCAGUUAUAAAAAGCGGGGUAUUGCCUGUCUCGCUACUACCUCAUAGCAUUACUGUCAGUGAAUCCAGUUGAGUGACUAUAAAAAAUACUGACUCCUUGAAUUAAAGGUGCUAAAUGAGCAUACAGAGUUUUCUUUCUAGGUCAGGAUGCAUCCUCCAAGACUUAAUGUAUACCAGUGGAUGGACAGAUGGACAGAACGAUGGAGGAUGAACAGGAGAUUUCU